AUGGAAGCAUCUACUAAGUAAGUUGAUACCUCAAUUUUUGAUACUUCAUUAUUACCUAAGAACAAGAACUCAGAGUUUAGUGAAAUACUAAAAUUCAUAGUAUUAAAUUCCUAAUUAAGAAUUAUAGAGUCAAAUUACUAAUCCUUAACAAUAGUAGAAUUUAAUUAUAAAGAACUUAACCAGCAACAAUUGAAAAUGGACCUUUCAAAUAAAAAUAUAGAAUUUGUUCAAAACGCUCUCCUUGAAAAAUAAAGAGAAACACAUUAUUAACAAAUUAGAGAGUUUGCUCACAUAAAUGGUUCAUCAGAAUGA